AGAAAGCGAGUCUUUCUACACAAUGGGCAAAUCCUUCCUCGCGCCAACCUUUUGGAACAACAUUAUUUUCACCCUUGUGUUUUUUAUGCCAUUGUUAGGUAAAAUCUUCCGUGUGAGAGUUUUACCAAAGGAGGCCGAUCAUUUCUUUAGAACGAUAAUUACGGAUAUUAUGGAGCAAAGAAGGAAGGAGGAGACGCGUCGACACGAUUUUAUUCAGUUGAUGGUCGAUCUGGAACGGUCAGAGGGUGAAAAAUUUGACAUGGACACGGUCAUUUCUCACGCAACGUCAUUUUUUGUCGACGGCUACGACACUACCAGCACUGCUUUAAGCUUCGUUGGUUUCAACUUGGCUACUCAUCCAGAAGUGCAGGAGAAAUUACGCGACGAGGUGAUGUCUGUGCUUAACAAAUACGAUGGUGUGAUCACUUACGACGCCUUGAAAGAUAUGAAGUACAUGGAUCAGGUAUUUAGCGAAUCACAGAGACUCUUGCCCGCUGGAGGAUUUCUGGACAAGGUUUGCACGGAGGAGACCGAUUUGAGAGGAUCCGACGGACUCGUUUGUCACGUGCCACGUGGAAUGCACAUUCUGAUACCCAUCAUGGGCUUGCAGAGAGACUCCCGAUACUGGGAGGAUCCUGAGGUGUUCGAUCCCGAAAGAUUUAGCCCGGAGAGAAAACAUAGCAUCGAGAAAUAUGCUUAUCUUCCCUUCGGCGAGGGACCGCGAAUGUGCGUGGGACAGAGAAUGGCUCAGUUACAGAUAAAAGCAUGUUUGGCUACGCUCCUGAGGAAGUACAGACUAGAGCUUUCUCCGAAGACGCGAGUACCAUUAAAGUUGACGGGUUCAACCUUCCUGAACGCUGCUGAAGGCGGCCUUUGGGCCAUCAUCCGACCGAUUUAAUUACGAGAUAUUAAAAAAGAAUAUUUUUUUUACAGA